AUGCUCAUCCCGACGGUGUCACCGUUUCUACCCAACAUCCGGGAUUCCCGCAGGGAAGGUGUGUGCAACUCUCAAAAGAUCCAGUGCGUCAGGCUAGGCCAGACCAGGUCAGCUAGUACGCUCCCCUGUCUAUGGAGGAAAUUAGUUCUGUCACCACCCCAUUCCAUCCCCCACCCCCGGGAUCAGGGGGGUUUGAGUGUGAUGGGCACGUCUGAUUUGCACAAUGACGGAUGCAGAAGCGUUUGGGGCUGGCAGGACCCGGUUAAAGCUGGGGUGCAAUGUAUUUGGAUGGAAUCAAGCGGUGAAUCGGGAAACCUUAUCCUGCAGGACCAACACGGACGCUGCUCUUUCCAACUUUCUACUUGCUCCCUUGUUAUUGGUCUUCAUGGGAACAGCUUCUGUAGCGUGCAGUUGUCUGAGCUCUGGUGGAUACCUGAAUGA